AUGUCACUGGGAAAGGAAAGUCCUCAUCUGAUCUCUGCAGCGGCGAGACCAGAACACAUGGUGUGUGCCGAACCAUUAUGUCCUACCUCAGCAGAUCCCUUUACAGGCAGAAUCUAUUGUCGUUGUUACCAGAGCAUUGAGUCUCGUGACUCUGCAGGGAUGCCACACAUAUCCCGGGACCCCACUGGAAUUCCACAGAUGUCUAGCCCCUCCCCACAGACAACAUACCCUGGAGUUUAUCCUCAUCCUUAUGGUUUAGAUGCCACAUCUCCCGUAACAAACCCACUGGUCCCUGGUGGUCGAUGGGACCCAGCAAUGUUUCCGGCUGCCGGUUACUCUGCCCCGUUUCCGGCCGGCACUGGUGCACCACAGAUGGAGAAUGUACUUCGAUCUCAGAUGUACAAUUAUAUGUAUCCAGCUAUGUUUGACUUGAGUGGAGCCCGUCGUAAGAACGCAACCAGGGAGACAACGAGCGCUCUGAAAGCUUGGCUAGUAGAACACAAGAAGAAUCCCUACCCAACCAAGGCAGAGAAAAUCAUGUUGGCCAUCGUCACUAAGAUGACCUUGACCCAGGUGUCCACAUGGUUUGCCAAUGCUAGGAGGAGACUGAAGAAGGAGACGAAAGGUGACUGGUCACUGGACAACAGUUUGGACACGUCGACCAUGUCCAGCGACGAAGAAGAACGGACAAGCGAUGACCAGGAAUCAAGAGAGGAACUAGCUCAGAGACUUGGUCAAGUUACUGAAACAUCUCAAAAUCACCCGUCACCCGGAACGAUGACCUUUCAACCUGCCAACACGGGAUCCGGAAAUCUUCCCAGCUUCGCUACAUUUACACAAGUUAAACACCACGAAACAAACAUUUCUCCUAGUCCGAUAUUGACAGGACAAGUCCCAAACGUGUUCACGAACGGUCACUUCUACCAUCCUGGUCAUUCUCACAACCCUCAUGAUUAUUCAGUUAUGACCAGUAGUCAGAACUAUGGACAUUAUGAUAUGAAACAGGACGAUAGGACCACGUCAAGCAGUGACGAUUCCGACAAGGAAAAUGCUGACCUAUCAAAAACAAGUAUUUCUCCAAGUUCGAGUCCCGAUCUACCCAAGUCCCGUAUCUGGUCCAUCUCCGACAUUAUGGGCGGUAAAACAUCACACAAAACGGAGAACGUCAUGGCGAAAGACAGUUUGUCCACAGAGAAUAGCAUUAUCUCGUGA